UACCUCGUCGGAUAUUUGAGAGACGGGGGAAUUAAGAAGAAGACAGAAGGAUUGGAAAGAAAGAUGAUAAGCGGAGAAGAUUUCUACAAGGUGAUGUGCGCCAUGGUUCCCCUCUACUUCGCGAUGCUGGUGGCCUACGCAUCCGUGAAGUGGUGGAAGAUCUUCACUCCCGAGCAAUGCUCCGGCAUAAACCGCUUCGUCGCCGUCUUCGCCGUCCCUGUUCUCUCCUUCCACUUCAUUUCUCAGAACAACCCAUAUCAGAUGGACACCAAAUUUAUACUCGCCGAUACUCUUUCUAAGAUUCUAGUUCUUGUCCUCCUCUCCUUGUGGUCCAUCUUCUCCACUGCAGCAGGAGGUCUGGACUGGUUGAUCACUCUCUUCUCCGUUGCAACAUUACCCAACACCCUCGUUAUGGGCAUUCCUUUGCUUAAAUCCAUGUAUGGAGAUUUCACUCAGUCUCUCAUGGUGCAAAUUGUUGUUCUCCAGUGCAUCAUUUGGUAUACGCUCUUGCUUUUCCUGUUCGAGUACAGAGCAGCUACGUUACUGAUCCGAGACCAGUUUCCGGGAUCGACGGCGGCCGCGAUAACGAAGUUUGAGAUAGACGGGGACGUGAUCUCGCUGGAUGGGCGGGACCCGCUAAGAGCAGAAUCUAAAAUAGACGGCAAUGGACGCAUCCGUGUCCGUAUCAGAAAGUCUACAUCAUCGGCCCCGGACUCGGCUUUGUCAUCGUCGUUCGCGAUCACCCCACGUGCAUCCAACCUAUCCGGGGCGGAGAUAUACUCUGUCAAUACCCCGGCGCGGCCGCAUGAGUUCAACCAUGCCAACGCCGAUUUGGUGUUCGGGUACCGUGCGGCAAGUCCCCGGCUGUCUGGGUAUGCUUCGUCGGACGCGUAUUCGCUGCAACCGACGCCACGUGCUUCUAAUUUCAAUGAGUUGGAUACGACGACGGCGACGACGGCGAACACACCCACCUGGAUAAGGUCUCCUGUGGGUAAUGGGAAGGUUUUUGGGCAUCAUACGCCGGCGUUCUCGGUGGUGAACGUGAAAAUGGCGUGGGAAUCUGCAGGAAAAUGUCAGGAUGGUAGUGGUGGUGCUGGUGAGCAUGGUUGUGGAGGAGAGAGACAAGGGUGCAAAGAUGUUGGACUAGUCCUUGGAGAGAAAGAUCUAAGCUUCAGAAACAACACAAAAUUUCCAGGGACAGAGGAGGAGGAUGUAGAUACAAAGCCAGUUGAAGAAGCCAAUCAGGAGAUGCCACAUGCCCUGGUCAUGGUCCGGCUAAUAUUGAUUAUGGUGGGCCGGAAGCUCUCCCGCAAUCCCAAUACUUACUCCAGCAUCUUAGGCCUUCUCUGGUCUCUAAUUUCCUUCAAGUGGGAUGUAGGUAUGCCUAGUUUGGUUAAAUAUUCAAUAAAGAUAAUUUCAGAUGCAGGGCUUGGAAUGGCUAUGUUUAGUCUAGGGCUGUUCAUGGCUCUUCAACCAAGGAUCAUUGCCUGUGGCACAAAAAUGGCGGCAAUCGGAAUGGCGAUUCGAUUCUUAAGUGGACCAACUUUAAUGUCAGCGGCAUCAGUUGCCGUUGGAUUAAGAGGUAUCAAAUUGCAUGCUGCCAUAGUUCAGGCUGCUCUUCCACAAGGAAUUGUACCUUUUGUCUUCGCCAGAGAAUAUGGGUUGCAUCCUGACAUACUUAGUACUGGGGUUAUCUUUGGCAUGCUUGUCUCCUUGCCCGUGACUCUACUCUACUACAUAUUGCUAGGCCUAUGAAAUACCCUAUAUAGAUCAUCAAGAGAGGAACACAAUCAGUAUUGAAUAAGGCAUGUGGGGAUCAACUUAAAGUGUAUUAGGUGUGUAGUUUUUAUUGGUCCCAUCUGGUGAUAGAUUUCAUCUCUGAUGAUAA